UAUUCAGACAUAGCUUGUGGCGUUGGUAUAUUUGGAGAUGUUUACUGUAAAGCCAACAGUAAAUGGUAAUAUAAUAUCAAUUUGCGACAACGGCACUGACGUAGGCGCCGUAUACGUUCAACCCAUUACUCUCCUCUGCCAGACAUCUGUCAGAAUAUCUUAGAACCUUCUGACAGAACAGGGGCAGAGUGGGCCUGGGGGUAAUUUUCCACCCAUCGACGUCACGCCAUCCGUAACGGGAGAGUCCAGAAAUGAAUCCUGUCUCUGCGGCUAUCCGUCGAGUCAUUUAAAUCCAGGUGCUGCCUCAGCAGCCACAAGGAGAGGAGGCAGGAAGAUAAGUUUCAUAGAUCUUCAGGAUUGCUUAUGACUGCAGAUGUUAAAAUAGAUGGAAAGUCAGACCAGAUUUGACAAGGACUUUGCGAACAUGCCCCCUGAUCUGCAUCACUGUCUCUGUGUUUUUGCCAGAAUUUACCUGUUUUUAGAAUAAUGCCAUAGAACAUAUCUCACCGUAAAACUCAGUUUAAGUGUAAACAGGAAAAGAAUAAAAUCAAAACUAGUGAAUGUUGAAAUUAUAACCCUUCUUAAAAGCAUGUGCGGUGGGACCACGCUUGUCUGACUGUAGGAAAAUGAGCGCGCAACCGUGAGAACGUGGUCUCUGAGGUUUGAAGCGAUCCAUUACUCUUGACAGAAACAAAGACCUGAGCUCUGUUGUCGUUUCAGCCUGUGGCAAACUGGGAAAAACAGAACACAGCAGAGGGAAGCCAAGAUGAAUGACCUGCUGCUGGAAUCCGUGGCGCUCCUACUAUACUUCGGAUUGCGCGUACAGGAUGACUGAUCGCUCUUCUGCUAUGCAUGAACGUACUUCAUUGUACACGGUCACAUCCGCUUCCUCGCAGCAACGGCACGCUUGUUCUGUGUCCCUCUGAGUCGGAGGUGUGCUCCGCUGUGAACAUUGGCCUUAUUAAUCAAGCUGCUUGGCAGAUGAAUGCAUGUGUGUGGCGAAGGGAGAGAGAGCGCCAGCUGUUGCCCAGCACGCGGUCACCCAUGGGCGAGCAAGGAUGCUCUGUUUGCAUCGCCUUAAUGUGGCCUGAGGCAUAAUGGGAACUCACAGAGAAGGGAAAUGGAAAGAGCAGAGGAAAUUAACACUGAGCGAACCGGUGAUUAACUUUGAGCUUCGAUGCUAAAGUUAGUUUUCAUGUUAUGUGGUGUUACAUCUAAAGGCUUUAUUUUGGUUGUUGGAGAAUGGACGGAGCUCAUUUCCAUUCUGAGGCGUCUGACCCGUCCCUCAGCCCUCAACAAGCAAGGAUUCAGUUCACAGUGAACAAAAAAGAGCCCUGAAACAGAUCACGUCUAACUAACGCCUCCAUCAGGCUGCUGGCGGCUGCCUGUCAGGAUCCUCCCCUCCUCGCCGCGGCCAAGGAAGGAGAAUCCAUUUCUCACGGGCAGAAUGAGAAAUCAAUGAAGUCGAGAUGGAUCUGUGUGAAAUGAGAUAUGAGCCUUGUCUCGGGGGACUAAGCAGAGCUGGGAUUGACAAAUGACUGACAGGGGUUAAGUGGCUGGGAAGACCGAGGCGCUCGGAGGUGUGAGAAUCACCCUCUUGGACGCUCACUUCCACUAUAUUGUGGAACAAAAGGUUAAAAUGUUACAUGUAGAGGACCGGGUUGACACAUGGAGACUGUUUGCUCCCACAGUAUGUUAAUAGGAUCUACCGUUCUCUGACCAUUUGCUAAACACCUGAUCUCGUACUCCCACAAACUCUUGACACUGCUGGUAAAGAUUAUUACCUGCAUUUCAAAUAUAUUUGUUUUUAUUGUUACAUCAAGAAAUGGGACAAAUAGCAUCCAGCCUUUAGACUCACACACUGGACAAAACCGGGAGGAAGGAAAUGUACUGUCCAAACAUGGAUCGGUGAACGGCUGCUUUCCAGAACACUUUACAAUUUGACAUUCCAGGAAUCUGUAACUGUGAAAGACAAGAAAAGAAAUAAAAAUCGUAAACGCUGGGUCCGUCGCUCCUGUUAUGUAGCGGUAGUUAAAGUGUAAGACUCAGCACCGUUAUGCAACAAAAGGCUUUUAUGACCUUGUUUUCCCGUCUAUUGAUGGCGAGGUUGACGAGCCCAGUGACGAGCCAUGCACUCCUUUAGUUAUAGGCUAGUUAAUUAGCAAUGACAUACAAUGAAGUGUGUCAUAAAGUCAUAAAGUAACGUCGUUGCCACUGAUGUUCCCUAGCUUUUAACAGCAUUUUUUUCUUGGAAGUUGCCACUUUUAGAGUUCAGUGGCUGCCCGUCUUAUAACUUUACAGCCACUGAGGAGCAUGAAGUCAUCACUAAGGCCGCUGAAUUCGUUUAAGAAGAUGAGGUCAGGGAGCGGUUCCAUCCAGGCAGCCUUUAAAACCAUGACGCUGGUCCAUAGAUCGUGCUGUGUGAAGAUGGGCUGCAGACGCACAGACUGCCUCGCGGCGCCUCUGUCGCGCCUGUUCGAGAAACUCGGCGCCGUCGUGGGCUCUCGGCCCGUUUACUUCUUUGUGAUUCCUAUACUUCUCUCGGCGGCGCUCAGCGGCGGCUUUGUGUUUCUCAAAGACAGGGAGGACAACGACCUCGAGCGGCAGUUCACGCCCAGGAAGGGGCCCUCGAAGGCGACCAGGGCGUUCGUCCGCGAGCACUUCCCCCACGAUCCCUCCAUGUUCUCCCAGGACCGGCUGUACGACAAGGGCAACUUCGCAUCGCUCAUCGCCGUAUCGAGGGACAAGUCCAACGUACUAGCAAGUCCCGCCUUCGAGGACAUCACCAGCCUCAACGACAGGAUCCUCAACCUGACCGUGGCCGGCGUUGGACAGGGAUUCAGACAGUUAUGUGCCAGAGCCAACGGGGACUGUGUCCCCAACAUCAUCCUGGACAUCGUCAGCUCCAACGGCACGGACUCCGCCCGCGUCUCGUACCCCGUGCACACACUCGGGUCCGGUCGGGUCUUCCUGGGUUCUGUACUGGGCGGAGUUGUCACGGAUGCCAACAGCUCAGUCACAAGUGCCCGAGCUGUGAAGCUCUUCUACUACUUGCGUGACCCGGAAGGGCCGGACGACGUGUCCAGGCUGUGGCUGAGGGAGUUCACGGAGCUCUUUACGGAGACGUGCUGCGAGCACAUCGACGUGUCUUACUACACCUCCAGGUCCCGACAGGAGGAGAUUGACAGUCACACCACAGAUGGCUUCCCUUUAUUCCUCAUCACCUAUGCCUGCGCUAUCAGCCUCUCCGUGUUAUCCUGCCUGAGAAGGGACAACGUGCGGAACAAGCUGUGGGUGGCUGUGUUCGGCGUCUUAUCCUCUGGCCUGGCUGUGGUCUCCUCCUUCGGCCUGCUGCUUUACAUCGGCGUGCCGUUCGUCAUCACGGUGGCAAACUCUCCCUUUUUAAUACUCGGCAUCAGCCUCAACAACAUGUUCAUAAUGAUUUCCGACUGGCAGCACACCAGCGUGAAGGACCCAGUGCCGCGGCGGAUGGCUCACACUUACAAAGAAGCCAUCAUGUCCAUCACCAUCACGGCCCUGACGGACGUGCUCAAGUUCUUCAUAGGCGUCAUGUCCGACUUCCCGUCGGUGCAGUCGUUCUGCCUGUACACCAGCACCUCCAUCAUAUUCUGUUACAUCUACACCAUCACCUUCUUCGGAGCCUUCCUGGCUCUGAACGGGAGACGGGAAGCCAGCAACAGGCACUGGCUGACGUGCAUAAAAAUACCAACACCGGAUCCUGAUCAAUACUUUGGGAUGUAUCACAUCUGCUGUGUGGGUGGCGACUACGAUGAGAACACUGGAGCGGAGAAUAAGAACCUAGCCGGUAAUUUCUUCAAGGAUUACCACAGCCCGUUCCUCACAAAGCCGUGGGUCAAGGCAGCUGUGAUCCUUCUCUAUGUGGGAUAUUUAGCUACAAGUAUUUAUGGAUGUGUCCAGGUGCAGCAGGGGAUUGAGCUUUAUGAUCUGGCAGCCGACAACUCCCACGUCACCAGAUUCAACAGGAAGCACAGGGAGUAUUUCUCUGAUUUCGGCCCGUCUGUGAUGGUCAUUGUGAGUGAGGGGUUUCCAUACUGGGACAGGACCAGAAGGACCCAGCUGCAGGGAUGCGUAGAUGACUUGAAGGGGCUCCGCUUUGUAGAUGGCGACGUCUACACAUCCUGGCUGGACUCCUAUUUGUCAUACGGACGAGAAAACCACCUAAACCUCGACGACAGGGACGUUUUCCUGAGCAACCUGUCCCCGUUUUUCGCCUUGUUCCCCGUCCUGAAGCAAGACGUGAACAUGAGCGGCGGCGCCGUCCGCGCGUCCCGCUUCUUCAUCCAGACCGUUGACAUCGCCAACGGCUCCAUGGAGCUCCACAUGCUCAACGGCCUGCAGGCCGCCGCCCAGGCGUGCGGCGCGGCGCCGCUGCAGGUCUAUCACCACGAGUUCGUCUUCUUCGACCAGUACAGCGUGGUGGUGAGCAGCACCGUCAAGAACGUGGGCGUGAUCACGGCUGUGAUGCUGGUGGUCUCGCUGCUGCUCAUCCCUGACCCCGUCUGCUCGCUGUGGGUCACCUACUCCAUCAGCUCGGUGACGGCGGGCGUGACCGGCUUCAUGGUGCUGUGGGACGUCAGCCUCGACUCCAUAUCCAUGAUCAUCUUCACCGUCUGCAUCGGCUUCACCGUGGAUUUCUCCGCUCACGUGACGUACGCCUUCGUCUCGAGCAGCAAGUCGGGCCCCAACGACAAGGCGGCGGACGCUCUCUCCACGGUGGGGUAUCCCAUCCUCCAGGGCGCCUCCUCCACCAUCCUGGGGGUGUCCGUGCUGGCGACCUCAGAGUUUCACAUCUUCAGGACAUUCUUUAAGAUCUUCUUCCUUGUCAUGUUUAUCGGGAUGCUCCACAGCCUGAUUUUCAUCCCAGUGUUUCUGACGUCAUUCACGUGCAGCUCAAAUAAAAAGGAAAAUAAAGACAACACUUUGAAAAUCAGCAAACUAUGACCACGAAAUGCUAAGAAAUGCUAGUUCCUGUUUGUGAAGUCGCAUGUGUUUAUAAUAAAAAAGCUUUUGUUACAUUCACAGCACAUAUUAAAAUGAUUCCUGCUCCCAAUUUUAAUCAAAAAUCUGAAUUUCUUAUUGUUUUUUGAAUACUUAUUUAUUUACGUAGAUGUUAUAUAUAUAUAUUUGUUUUUGCAUUUUCAUCGUGUGAGCUGAAUUCAGUGAUCAUGCUUUACAAUUACAUUUUAUUAUGCACUGUACUUUAGAUUCAUUCAUUUUCUUGGAGCUUUUCUACGCGGCAAUAAAAUGUCAAGUUUCCUAGAAAAGGUUGUGGCGACAUGGAAAAACUCACUUAUGUUAUGCGUUAUUAAGUUGUAGAUAAAAGAAAAAAUCCAUCACUCAUUACUGAGCUUGCAUAAAAAU